GUUCUCGUCUGCAUUCCUGACCAGAGAACCAAGGACAUUUCUGAAACUGUUGCUUUCAGGGACAAAGUUUUCUUAAAAUUAACCUUUUAAAAAUUUUUUUUGAAGCUCCCAAGGUCUGGGAACCACGUGACUCAUGCCUUGUUUAUAAAAGUAUCCUGCAAGGUUUUGGUUUCCCGCAGUCUUUGGACUUCAGCAUGGGCACGUCUUGGUGGCUGGCGUGUGCUGCAGCGUUUUCUGUCCUCUGUGUCUUAAAAGCCAGCUCGCUGGAUACUUUCCUAGCGGCUGUUUACGAGCAUGCUGUGAUCCUGCCUAAGGACACCCUGUUGCCAGUGUCUCACAGUGAGGCUCUGGCAUUAAUGAACCAGAAUCUGGACCUUCUGGAAGGAGCUAUCGUAUCCGCAGCGAAGCAGGGUGCACGCAUUAUUGUGACUCCAGAAGAUGGCAUAUAUGGUGUGCGUUUCACCAGGGAUACUAUCUACCCAUACCUGGAGGAUAUCCCAGACCCUCAAGUAAACUGGAUACCCUGUGAUAACCCUAAAAGAUUUGGCUCUACCCCGGUGCAGGAGAGACUCAGCUGCUUGGCCAAGAACAACUCCAUCUAUGUUGUGGCGAACAUGGGAGACAAGAAGCCGUGUAACACCAGUGACUCUCACUGUCCACCUGAUGGCAGAUUCCAGUACAACACUGAUGUGGUGUUUGAUUCCCAGGGCAAACUGGUUGCGAGAUACCAUAAGCAAAACAUUUUCAUGGGAGAAGAUCAGUUCAAUGUCCCCAUGGAGCCUGAGUUUGUGACUUUCGACACCCCCUUUGGAAAGUUUGGCAUCUUCACCUGUUUCGAUAUUCUCUUCCAUGAUCCCGCUGUCACCCUGGUGACAGAAUUCCAGGUGGACACCAUACUGUUCCCAACCGCCUGGAUGGACGUCCUUCCUCAUUUGGCAGCCAUUGAAUUCCACUCAGCUUGGGCUAUGGGCAUGGGGGUCAAUUUCCUAGCAGCUAAUCUACAUAAUCCCUCAAAGAGAAUGACAGGAAGUGGUAUCUAUGCACCCGAUUCUCCAAGGGCCUUUCACUAUGACAGGAAGACUCAGGAAGGAAAACUCCUCCUCGCUCAGCUGAAAUCCCACCCGAGUCACUCCCCGGUGAACUGGACUUCCUACGCCAGCAGUGUAGAAUCAACCCCAACCCAAACCCAGGAAUUUCAGAGUAUUGUCUUUUUUGAUGAGUUUACCUUUGUGGAGCUCAAAGGGAUCAAAGGAAAUUACACUGUUUGCCAGAACGACCUCUGCUGUCACCUAAGCUACCAGAUGUCUGAGAAGCGGGCAGAUGAGGUUUAUGCCUUUGGAGCAUUUGAUGGGCUGCACACCGUGGAAGGGCAGUACUACCUACAGAUCUGCAUUCUGCUAAAAUGUAAAACUACCAAUUUACGCACCUGUGGUAGUUCAGUGGACACGGCUUUUACCAGGUUUGAAAUGUUCUCGCUCAGUGGCACUUUUGGAACCCGAUAUGUCUUCCCUGAAGUGUUGCUGAGUGAGGUCAAACUUGCACCUGGGGAGUUUCAGGUGUCAAGUGAUGGGCGCCUGGUUAGCCUGAAGCCAACCUCGGGACCUGUGUUAACCGUUGGGCUCUUUGGGAGGUUAUAUGGGAAGGACUGGGCAUCAAAUGCUUCCUCAGACUUCAUAGCACACUCGCUGAUAAUAAUGCUGAUUGUGACGCCUAUUAUACAUUACUUGUGUUGAUGGAAUUUUUACAUUUUUUAUUUUAUUUAGAAAAUUUAAAAUUGGUGGAUGCAAAAAAAAAAAUAACAGUUUGUCAACAGUGGACUCGGGUGUAAGCAAAUAGAGUGCCCCUUCUUUACAGAAACAUGUGUACACCAGAUACAUUUCAGGAAAAUUAAUAAAGCUUUGAGCAUUGGUCUAUUUUGGAACAAGAUGGAGGGCCAAGUAAAGGUCGCAUGUGUUUUAUUCAGAAGAAAUAAAAAUUACAGUUAAAAGGCACUUCAAACCAUCAUAAGAUAGAUUUACAAGAGGUUUGAAUCUAUUAUACAUCUUACUCAGUUAUGCUUAGAAUUUCCAAUGUGUUUGUUCAUUUGGGCUAUUAAGUAUUUAUCUCAACAUUCCCAUUCUCUUAUGGACCAAAUCCUGUAGCUUUAAUUCUUCAGUUCAAGUCCCAGUUUCCACGACCUCAGAACGUGACUGCCUUGGUGUCUUUGGCAAUGAAGACAUAAGAGGCAUCAUUCACAUGGACUUUAAUUCAAUACGACUGAUCUCCUCAGAAGAAAUCAGGACAAAGACUAGCAUCAACUGAAGCCCUUGUGAACACAGGAAAAGAUGGUCAUGUACAACAAGAAAAGGGGCCUCAGGAGAAUGCAAACCUGCUAACGUGUUGAACUUCCAGGUCUCCAGAAUCAUGAGACAAUAAAUUUCUGUUUUAAAUGGUCCA